GGGGUUGGAAAUUUGAGUAAUGUGUGUGUGCAUGCUUGUAGAUGUCUUUUGUGCCAUGGGGAAGAGGGGUGGGGAAAGACGGCUGUUGCUUUAAACAAGAAUGCGUUCAUUUUGAGGCAGGAGGGAGGAAGGGUGCCCACCCCAAAAAAACAGCUUUUUCAUCAUUUAAAAUGCACCAAGGAGGGAAAGUGAGGGAGGUGCAUUUGAGAAAGACACAGCCUCCUGGAACUGUGGGGCAGAAGUGAUGGAUUCAGAGCGCGGAAAGGUGACAGUCCUCCCCUGACGGGCCACAGGCAGAACACAACCUGCCCUGGACUCACGUUGUUUACCAGGAAACUGCCUUUAUCGCACAAACAGAGGCAACAUCUGUCUGAGCAGAAGUUUCAAGAGGAUUUCUUUGUUGUAGGUUUUUGGAGAAGCGGCGAUUCUGUUGGACAAAUGUGGCACUUUUGAUAAAAGAUUUUAAAGAGACAAAGAGCGACUGCAUCGGGAAGACAACAACUUGGGAUGACUUUCAACCACUUCAAACAGCUCUGACAACCAAGAGAAACAACAAAAGGAGCCUCGUCAGAUCAGUGCACCUAUUCUGUGAGUUGGACACUAACUAAUGGAGGCCCCUUCAAUAGUCCUGUUGGGGGUCCUUCUUGUUUAUGGACUAACUGUCGGCAUCCAUCAGACACAAGGCCGUCUGGCAGCCGGUGGCCAUGCCAAAAGCAAGAUCCAAGAAUUUGGGAGCAGCGAGGACGUUCUGGAGAAAGAGUUCCUCUAUGCCGGAAGAAGAUACAAGCGUGCUCCGGCCGAACAGCCACAGGACAAGUGUUCCUACACUUUUAUUGUGCCCCAACAAAAAGUGACAGGAGCCAUCUGUGUUAACUCCAAGGAGCCAGAGGCUACACUGGAGACCCGGGUCAACAAACAAGAGGUCGAGCUGUUAAAUGUGGAGCUGCAGAAGCAGAAGAGGCAGAUCGAGACCUUGCAGCAGUUGGUUGAGGUGGAUGGAGGCAUCGUCAACGAAGUCAAGCUUCUGAGGAAGGAGAGUCGAAACAUGAACUCUAGGGUCACCCAGCUCUAUAUGCAGCUGCUCCACGAGAUCAUCAGGAAGAGAGACAAUGCUCUGGAGUUGGCCCAGAUGGAGAACAAGAUCUUGAACCAAACCUCAGAGAUGCAGCAGCUCACCAGUCGAUACAAAGAUCUUGAGCACAAGUAUCACCACUUGGCAUCUUUAGCCACAAAUCAAACUGCUGUCAUUGCCCUGUUGGAGGAGCAGUGCCAGAGUCGACCGCCUCCCCGCUAUCAUCCGCCGGUACCCCAGCCGAGGCCGCAGCCGCCUCCGCAGGCACCACCUCUCAGCAGACCAUACCAGCCGCCUGUUCUUCCAAGAAACAAUCCGAUCAGCAAUGAGAUCCAGAGUGACCAAAAAUCUAUGCCGCCUGUGUUACCAACAAUGCCCAUAGGCACUCACAGUCCAUCCACCACUGACAAACCCUCUGGUCCUUUUAGGGAUUGUCUGCAUGCUCUGGAAGAGGGUCACACGGCCAGCGGCAUGUACCUGGUGAGGCCAGACAAUGCCAACCGCCUCAUGCAAGUGUGGUGCAACCAGAGACACGACCCCGGCGGCUGGACGGUGAUCCAGAGGAAACUGGAUGGCUCCGUUAACUUUUUCAGGAACUGGGAAGCAUACAAGCAAGGAUUUGGAAAUAUUGAUGGGGAGUACUGGCUGGGUCUGGAAAACAUCUACUGGCUGACAAACCAGGGAACUUACAAGCUGCUCGUCACGCUGGAAGACUGGUCCGGCAGGAAGGUGUUCGCAGAGUACGCCAGCUUCAGAGUGGAGAACGAAGCUGACUUCUACAGGCUGAGGGUGGGCCGUUACCACGGUAACGCUGGAGACUCCCUCACCUGGCACAACGCAAAGCAGUUCACAACAUUAGACAGAGACCAUGAUGCAUAUACAGGAAACUGUGCUCACUACCAGAAAGGAGGCUGGUGGUACAACUCUUGUGCUCACUCUAACCUGAAUGGAGUUUGGUACAGAGGAGGUCACUAUCGCAGCCGCUACCAAGAUGGAGUCUACUGGGCAGAGUUCAGGGGCGGAGCCUAUUCACUCAAGAAAGUAGUCAUGAUGAUCCGUCCGAACCCAAACACCUUCCUUUAAACACACAGGAAACCCUAGCUGUUUCUCACACUUCACAAAGUUGGCCUUUUUCAAGAAUGAUCCAGAAAGUGCAAUAUGAAAAUUAGCAGCCUUGUUGUUUUAUUGUUUUUUGACUUGUACAUAUGCUUGUUGCUCAGGAGAUAUUCUGAAAUAUACUUUGGCAAACAUGACAUUUAGAUAGGUAGCUGUAGUAGGAACAGCAUGUAUUUAGUAAUGAAUGAAAAACAUGAGAUGGACACAGGAAACACAUCCAGUGACUUUCUACGAGUUCUGUGCAACAUUAGCAGCUUAAUUAAAUCUAUAGAAGCAGCAAAUCUAAAGUGGAUUUAUAUCAGUUUUUAAACGCUCCCUCAUUUUGUGCUUUAGCAUUACGCACAUAAAGUAUCACCAACAGUAAAAUAAAACCAAACCAACCUUUAGCAUUUUCUUUCCACUUGCUUUGAACAACUAUGACAGCAACUAUAAGUGGUAUUAUUGGCUUACAACCAGUUCUGCCAAAGUAUAUAUACAUGCAAUUUAGAAGAACUUAAACUGACAGGAAACUUGCUGCACUAAUCUGUCUGUGCACCAGAAUCUGCUGAGGCCCCAAUCUUUACUAAAAAUCACCCUUUUUUAUUGUAACAAGGAGUCCUGGAGUAUUUCUUGGCCUAAAAACUAGAAAUAUUUACACAUCAGGAAGCCAAACUUCUGCUUUAAGUGUUUUGUUCCACUGACUGACAUCUGUUUCAGAUGUCAGUCAGUGAUACUUGAUUUAUCUGAACACAUUACAAAAGGAAAAAACUUAUUUUUUCCAUCAGAAUUAAAGCAAAAUUGAGUGCUGCUAAUUAAUUAUCUAAACCUCCUUAUAGUCUCUGAAGUUUUUUAUUUUUUAUUCUCCCAUUAUGUCAACAUUACAGUUUAGUUUUGACUCUUGCCUUAAAAUCCCAUUUCUGAAUUUUCUCUGCAAUUUUUUUCAGAACCAAUUUCUAAUAUUUCAUGCCAGGAUGUCAAUACUCAUUUUCCCUAUACAGAAAAAAAUAUAUACUGCCAAAUAACUGUAUUUUUAUUAUCCGGGUCUGUGCCUGGUCCCCCAUAUGGUCCUUUGAAGUUUGCCCAAAGCAGAACGUGACUUUUAUGUGUCUUCAACCUUUCACAGUUAGAAGGCUUCUUGGCGCAGAAGAACAACAUAUGCACGUUUAGGGAAACUUUUUUUGUGCAAAUGUUAAUGUUCCGAGUGCUUUUAUCUUUGGUACGCUGCAAAAACUUUAUAACUGGAAAACCGUGUAUAGGUGCAUUCCUUGAAUUCAAACAUCAUAUCUUAGCCAUUAACUUUAUGAAUUGGAAAAGAAAAAGAGAAGUCAUGACCAAAAUCCCUCUCACCAUGAACAAAAAUGUAGGACUUGUUUUAGAAGAAUUCAGUGAUUUGCUGCAUUUACUGUACAAAUGGAUGAUGUCAAUAGAUCCAAUACAUUGUGUUUGUACAUAAGAAAUGUGUAAUAUAAUGUGCUGAAACGUUUUUGUCAAGUUGCAAUAAAACAUGUACAGUUUA